CACGUGAUAUAGCGGGGCGGUCGAACUAGCCUGCAAGCCAUUUUGGGAACAGUCAAGUGUUGCGCUAUUGCUCUAUGCAUAGGCUACUGUUUCGUAGGCUUACGCACCGAACAACCUAUUUGGGCCGGCAUUUUUCAAAAUCUGCGUAGAAUUCCUGUCUCUUCGCUUAUUAGGUUAUUUUCCUAGCUGUUGAAAAUUUAAUCCGCGCUGCGUUUUUGCGACUGCCAUUGAACUGCAUUUGUAGCUCGUUCCAAGAUGGCCGCUUGGGUAGCAUUCAUUUUUUUCUGAUCGACUUCUAACUUUCAUUGUCCAUCAGAUUGAUUCAAAAACGCUCAGACCUUCGGAAUAUAAUCGAUUAGGAUUUGACCCUUUUUUGACGAUGCACAGGACAACAAGUAUCAAGAUUACUGAACUCAAUCCACAUUUGAUGUGCGUCUUGUGCGGUGGCUAUUUCAUCGACGCAACCACCAUCGUGGAGUGUUUACACUCAUUCUGUAGAAUGUGCAUUGUUCGAUACCUUGAGACCAGCAAAUACUGUCCAAUUUGUGAUGUCCAAGUUCACAAAACCAAACCCCUUUUGAAUAUUAGGUCCGAUAAAACCCUUCAGGACAUUGUUUAUAAGUUGGUACCAGGACUUUUCAAAGAUGAAAUGAAACGAAGACGGGAUUUUUAUGCUGCACAUCCCUCUCUUGACGCUGGAAAUGUAUCCAAUGAGGAGCGAGGGGAGGUGGCAGAUGAAGAGAAGACAAUUAUUACAGAUGAUGAGAUCAUCAGCCUGUCCAUAGAAUUUUUUAAUCAGAGCAAGGUAGUAAAGGAGAAUGACGAAGAUAUGGCGAAAGAGAUGAUUGACAAGCGAUACUUGCAAUGUCCGGCAGCUAUGACGAUAAUGCAUCUAAGGAAAUUCCUUCGAAGUAAAAUGGAUAUUCCAUGCACCUAUCAGAUAGAAGUUAUGUAUGAAGACGAACCAUUAAAGGAUUACUACACAUUAAUGGACAUUGCAUACAUCUACACCUGGAGAAGGAACGGGCCGUUGCCGCUGAAAUACCGGGUACGAAUGGGCUGCAAGAAGAUGAAGACGAGCUGCCCGAGCGACGGGACCCAAACCACGCCGCGCGAAGGUGAAGGACCCUCUGACCCUGAUGCUGAGAAGCACACGAGCACGGGCCCUGAAGCCUCCACUUACGCCUUGCCCAGCGCGAGCACCGCCCUAGUUCAGUCGUCGCCGUGUACACACCACUCCCACCUCUCGUCCACUGGCACGUCGAAAAGCGGCAUCACGGCAAAAGUGGUCCCAAAUGGCCAACUGCCUUUCAGUAACCAGGUCCGAAAUGGCUCCCUCAGUGUCGGGUCUUCGGGCUGAUCCUUCUGGACUUUCAGAGACUUUCACACCAACACGGACUGUAGGAAGUGUAUUUUUGUGCCAUACCUUUGUCGUUUUAUAUAUAAUACUAUAUGGACUAUAUUUUUGUUCAUUUGUGUGAGGAAGACAAUGAGAGACCGUGGAAAGACUUGAUUGAAUUUGACCGGAUUGUGUUCGAAAUGUUUUGCCCCCCCACGGGCCACUGCCAUUUUGGUUUGGAAUGUGAAAAAAAACCAAAAACAUUUUUGGACAUUUUCACAAUUCCCAAUUCAUUGUAUGAAUUGACAAAUACUGUUUUUUUUAUUGAAAUGAAAAUGUGUAUUUGGCUUUGUCGACGUCAGUGCUCACCACAAAAAGCAAAAAGUGUGACUAUUGUGCACUGCGUGCAUGUAAUAGUGAAUUUAAUAAACACAAUCUGAUUGUG